ACCACUUGUACCAUUAAACAAAAGAAAACAAAAAACAAAAAAAACUCAGAAAACAUUUCUUCUCUGAAACCCAUCGUCGCAACGAGUCUUCAUUUCUGUUUCCUGAUUGGUAUAAAUCUUUUGAGUCAAGAAGAGAUAUGGUAUGUUUCUGUUUCUUGGUGGAUCAGAAAAGGAAAAUAAAACGGAGCAAACCGGCGGCAGGAACAUGCUCAAGGUGUAGCCAUGGUGCGAGCAUCGCAGACAUGAAAACGUCGACGAGAUUCUGUUUUAUUCCAAUUUACUGGAGAUCUUGGAGAGCCGUCGUCUGCAGUUUCUGUGGCUCUGUUCUUAAGUCUUACCGUUGAUUCUCCAAUUUUAUUAAGCACUGUUUUUUUCUUACAUAAUUAUAAGGUAAUAUAUAUACGUGUGGUAGUAUAUAGAGAUCAUAGGAUUUAUUUUGAUUAAUGUUCUACGAGUCUAUCUACCUGCAAGAGGAUAUUUCUUGACAUGUUGGAAUCUCUUGUUAUCAAACGAAGGGCUAGUGCUAGCGUAUAUAUAUAAAUGUGGUUUAAAAA